GCCUGAGGCUUCUGCUGAAUAAUUAUGUGUGCUUUGCUGUUUUUGCAGGCUAAAUACUUGGCACAGGUCAUUAUAAUGGGUGCACAGGUGGUUGGCAGAGCCUUCACACGUGCACUCCGACAAGAACUCGCAGCUAGUCGCACAGCGGCAGAAGCCCGGGGUCAAGCAGGAGAGAAGUCUGCAGCUGCUUCUAGUAUCUCAGGAAUUAGUUUGCAAGAGGCCCAGCAAAUUUUAAAUGUACCUAGACUGCAGGCAGAGGAGAUCCAAAAGAAUUAUGAACAUUUGUUCAAGGUGAAUGACAAAGAAGUCGGCGGCUCCUUCUACUUACAAUCAAAGGUUGUAAGAGCAAAAGAAAGGCUAGAUGAAGAAUUGAAAAUCCAAUCAGAGGAAGAGAAAAAACACAAGGAGCAUGGACAGCAAGAGACAUGAGGCAUUUGUAAACACUGUACCAUUCUACUCGUGUUUGGAGAAAACACAGGGGCUGUUUCUUGUCCGAUUUGCACCACAGACUUUAACAAAUGCAUUUUCCAUAUGAAAAGUAGUGUAACUGAGAACCAGAAGGACAAUGCUUCAGACUGCUGAAAGACUGGGAAGAUUAAUAUUUCAGCAAGCUGAGCACACACACCUUUUAAAUGAACUCUGACACUGAUGUACUGAACCUGAUGCUGCUGCUGCUGUUGGGGAUUUAAAAGUUAAAAUAUUGCAGUUUUUGACUGUGCAGACAUUUCCAUGGUAUUGCUGCAAUAUGCAGAAACUCGGGAAGAUUCACCCAUCAGCAAAAGGAUUAAGCUUUCAUCUUUGACUGACUUGGGCUGAAAAGUAACUAUGCAGAGGAGAUGGAUGACAGCACAGAGACUAUAUGCUAUUGUCAUUUCUGCUUCAAGUAGAACUCUGUGACAUUGCUGCAGUGCUGCCGAUUCCCUGUUAUCUGCCUAUUCUCUGACAGGAUUGAUGUACAAUAAAAUAUAUUUGUGUUCAGAA